AUGCAAAUAUAUACUGGGGUACUUGAUGAUUUAGGUGGUAAAGGACAUGCUGCUAAUGUGGUCCUGCAUCCUAUGAGAAAUUACUGGAAUAAGGGAUACAGCCCAUACAUGGAUAAUUAUUACAAUUCUGUAACCCUUGCCAGCCAACUCUUAGAGAAAAAUACGUACUGCACGGGUACUUUGCGGGCGGGAAGAAAAGAAACUCCAGAAGAUGCAAGUAAGGCGAAACUAAAGCCUGGCGAAUCCGUUCAUCGAAAUGGAGGAAGUGUGUGUGUAGAGACCAUGUUAUAUAAUUCCUAUAUAUUAUACGAAAAAUAUUCUAAACCAAAGAUGUCGUUCCUAGAGUACCGUGAAUCAGUAGUUCAUGCAAUGGUACCAGAGAUUAAAGCCAAAGAGAAGCCAGGUCCAUCCACAGAAGACCCAGGGUUUCAACAUGGUCCAUCCAAACUAGAAAAAGGCACAGGUGAUAGAAGACUGCGCAAAAAAUGUCGAUGGUGUUCAAAACGUGGAGUUCGUAAAGAUACAAGCUUUUGUUGUAAGAGUUGCCCGGAACUACCCGGACUGUGUUUAGACCCUUGCUUUAAGGAAUAUCAUAAUAAUCUGUAA